AUGGCUGAUCAUGGGAAGGAUAUCCAACCAGUUGUUAUUGACAACGGAAGUGUAACGAGCAAGGUUGGCUUUGCUGGAGAUGAUUCUCCUAGGGCUGUUUUUCCAAGUAUAGUUGCUCGUCCUCGUCACACUGGCGUCAUGGUUGGAAUAGGACAAAAAAAUACCUUUGUUGGCGAGGAAGCUCAGUAUAAAAAAGGUUAUUUUUCUCUCAGAUAUCCAAUAGAAGAUGGUAUCAUAACAGACUGGGAUGAUAUGGAGAAAAUCUGGCACCAUACAUUUUACAAUGAGCUCGCUGUUGCUCCCGAGGAGCAUCCCGUUCUUCUGACUGAUGCACCAUUUAAACCCAAGGUAAAUCGAGAGAAAAUGACUCAAAUCAUAUCCGAAUCAUUCAAUGUGCCAGCCACACCUCCCAAGGUUGGGGCGUGA